CGCUGUGGACAACGCGACUGGGCUGCAUCCGCCAUCUUGCUCACCCUUACUUUCGGCGUCUGCUAUUGCAGAUCACUUUGUUUCGGGCAUAGAGGGGGAUUCUAAACGGGUGACCAAGAUGACUACUUCCGCUGCUGUCGCCGAAACCUCUGUCGUUGGCUUAGUUGAUAGCAACAAAGCGACAAUAUGGCCGCGUCUGCAGAAUAACGAACACAACAGAUUUCAGAAGUCUUUCCGAUAGAUCUAUUGUACUGGAACCAUUUCCUGUUUGUGUAUUAUUAAACAGGAGGAAAACAUAUGACUAUGGUAACAAAAAAAGAAAUGCAGAAACAAGGGCUGUCAUCACUAUUCCCCUGUGCAGCAGGCGUGACAAUGCCAUUGUUUGGCUUAGAUGAUGUGGAGAUGCGAAAGCAUCUCGGAAAACCUGCUGCUUCUUUGUUGUCAUUUCAGUCUGUUACAGUGGAUAGUAGGCCUGUAGACAGGAGGUAUCUAAAGAAGAUCAGCAAUGGAAUGACAUUUGAUGAGUCUGUGGUAAAGGAGAGAUGUUUUCACAUGUUGCCAUAUGACAGCAAAUACCUGGAGGAAGCUUUAGACACAAGUAGCCUGAUACGCUCACGACCAAAGACAAAUUAUGGAUACAUUCCCCAUGGCACAAGCACUCGUCACAUGCCAUGUGGUGUCACGUUUGCCACUAAGCUUCCUUUUCUGAGACCAAUACAGAGAAAGACUACAGAAAAAGUUGUUAAGGCACGUGUUGAAGCAAACAAGAAAGCGACUGAAAAUGUGUCAUCUAGCCGGUCCAUCAGCAGGUCUCAGACAGAUGUACCGAUAGACUGCAAAGAGACUGAUAGAUGUGAAGUGGACAAGAAUGAUGCAGUAAUAUUUAUGACUGAAGUAAAUGAAUCUGAGUCAAAGCUUAAGCAGCCUGAGACCCUUGAAAACCUCAACAAGCAGCUGAAGGAGCUAUAUACUUUGCAAGCAGGUGAUGCGGAAGAUGUCGUAAAGGGUACAACUCAAUCUGAGGAGAGAAAGAAUGGCUGGUAUCAAUAUCUCCUGUCACAGCUGUCAGAAGUCACAGCUACAUGGAUGGUGCAUGAGAGCAUGCCACUUUCCAAAGAUCAACAAAGACUAGCAAAGACUUUAGAAGACUGGUAUGGUAAGCCAAGGACAACAGAUCUCAUUCAGGAAGAAAUAAGUGACUCUGAAGAAGAUGAAAAUAAGUCCAAAGACCAAGAAAAACGGUUAAAACGAAAGUGGAAAAAAAAGGAAGCUUCGCUCUUGGAGCAAGUAUACCAAAUAUCAGGAACACAUUCAGCUUUAGACCCAUACUCAGAUGAUAACAAAGCACCUUUCUAUCGUCAGCCAGCAGGAAUACGACGAAAACGAAAAUCUAUUGAAAAAGAGGAAGGUGCAGUCAAUGCCACAGCUCACAAGAUCAAACUGCCUGAAAUCAAGCAGCCAGCACCACCUACACUGCAUGACUUUUUUCCCUCAAAGGUUGGAGACAAGCUGUUCAAGACCAGCAAUGAAUAUGAACGAGAACUCCUUACAGGAGUGGAGCAGAUUCACCAGAGAGGAAGUGAUGACAGCACCAUUCUUAUGGCCAGUACUAACCUUUACAAAAAGGUCUUACAGAAAGAAUAUCCAGAAGACCCCAGUCAUUGGUGUCCUGAAUCAAAUAACACAACCAGAAAACUUGAAAAGGAUCAUCAGACAAAGUAUGAAAUAGGAAGACGACGCUGGAUGGGUCUUCCAAAGCCUUUUGAUGAUAUGUUUGAAGCACAAAAGGUUCUACCACCAGGAGCAGAUUCAAAUUACAUGAUGUCUGUAGACCCUGCCACCAAGCGCCAAGUGACACAGAAUCAUUCAUUGAUUCAGAUCUUGAAUGAAUGGAGAACCAAGUGGAACCUCAGCGGACAGUAUGCUGAUUGCACCUAUGAUGACAUCAUCAAAGACAUGGCUGACAUUCAGCCCCAUGUGCGUUUGAAAGCAAUCAGCAUGAUUGGCAAGGCUGCAGAAUUCAAGGCUACAUAUGAAGAACUGGGCAGUCUUUCUACCAGUUAUCCUGACAGCCUUGGCAAAAGUGUCCCUGAACAUGUCUUUGUUGCCCUUGGUUGUCUACUUAAUGAUUCCAACGAGGAAGUUAAGAGGGCUGCUGCCAUAACACUUUAUGCACUUGAUCACCCAGUACCUAAGGCUGAGGAAGUCAUGCAGAAAGCUCUUCACUCAGAAGCAUCACUGGAGCGAUGGACUGCUGCCCAGUGUCUUGCACACUAUGGCAUUUGUGACUCUGAAGUAGUGGAUGAGGUUAUCAAACAGAUACUUCAGUCAGAAGAACCUGUAAAACAUGAAAAGGGGUUUGCUCUUCUGGCCAGGAUGAGCAAAAACACAACCCUUGUACACAGUAUGGUUGCUGAACAGUUAAACAGCAGCAGUUGGCGACAUCGUGUCAUUGCCUGUAAAAUGUUUCCUGUCUUGUAUGGUAACAUCAACAAGGAUGUGACUCACAAACUGUCAGAGAUGAUGUGGCAUGACUGGAAUGAGGAUGUGCGACAGGCAGCAGCCCAGUGUUUGGGCAAGACCUCCCACGGCCAGCAUGUCCAUGAUGACAUUUUGCGGUGCAUUGCAUAUGGAAGUGAGCGGGUCAAGCUGGAGGCAAUAAGCCGCAUUGGGCAGCUAGGUAUCAUGACAGCUAAGUUGCUGCCAGCAUUCCUGGAGUGCUUUCAUGAUCAGUAUAUGUCCAUACGCUGUGAGUGCUGUAUUACCAGUGGAAACUUGAAGAUUACAGAUGAGCAAGUGAUGUCAAAGCUGGUUCAUCUUGCUACUUUUGAUCCCAUUUGGAAAGUCAAAGCAUUAGCAAUUCAAGCUCUAGGAAAAGUAGGUGUGGUCACUACCCAGGUGAAAGAGUGCUUACUGUGGGCCUUAAGCUAUGAGAAUAAUGAUGCAGUGCGUGCUGAAGCUUGUCACUCACUGGUCGGCCUCAACAUGUUGGAUGACACUGUUGUGGCAUUACUGCAGGAACGUCUCCUAGUGGAAUCCAGUCAGAUGGUCCAAGAUGAGAUGGUGGAGGCCUUGAGAAAAAUGGGCGUUGCUGCUACUGAGGACAUGAAUAUGGUGGCUCAAAUUAAAAAGGAAGUCCGCAAACUCUGCAUCCCUACCGUCAUUGCUUCACAGAUUGUGCUAGAUGAGGCUGAUGAGAUGCGUCAAAACAAUUUGGCCAACAUGGUUUACAUGUCAGAAGCAGAAAUAGAGCAAAAACAAAUAGAAUGCAAGAGCCUCUCAGGGAAGAGGCCACAGGUUAUUGCUCAAGCUUCCCCUACUGAACUUCGGUUUAAGGAAUCUAAAUUUGGAAAAUCACCAUCUAAGCUUGAGUCCAUAACAUCUGAACCUAUCAGUAGAGAAGGGACACUAUAUACACCUACUGCUGACAAAGAGAUAGAGGCUAUCUUGAGUCGGGAGGAUGUUAGCAGCAGUGUUCCUUCAGCUUCAUCAACUGAAAUAAAAUCUCGGCCAGUGACAGAAGAGACAAUUACAUCAGGAACUCGCACACCUCUUGAAGGGAUCAGCCGAGAGCCAUCCACACAUGAGCUGUCAUUCUUAAAGGACGAACUUGAGGAUGACCGAGCAUCAACUGCAUUCAAGACCACUCAUAGCAGGUUCAGUCAGGUUUCCACAUCGAGACUUGGACCUACACCAUCCUUAGUUCUUCCUGCACUGCAAAAAUCACAGAGUGAUUUUAUGCACAUGUCAAGUCAGCGCAUUGUCAUGAGUGCUGAAUCUUUGCAGGAACGAGAGAAAAUGAACGAACGGGUUAAGUCCACCUAUGAUGAUCUGAGUGCUCGCUAUGUUGGCAUGAUUGAGGAUAUUUUGAAGGUUGACAAGGGCCUUUCCACGUCACAUUCUUCUGGUAGUCAACUGUUUCUUACAGUACCUGCUGUUGCAUCACAUAAGCCAUCUCCCUCUCAUGAUCACAACUCCACAGAUGCAAAUGAUCAUGUGCUGGUUGAUAUUGACUAUUGUUUGAAUGGCAAACCAUUGGAUGGUGAGUCUGAUGAGGUAUUUGACCAGGCAUCCAGCAGUGAGUUGCAUAUUGGCAAAAUAGAAAGUGUCCCAGCAAGUAGAGAAGACAUAAGAUCAACUGAGGUUAUUCAAGAUGAGGCAAUGGGUGUAGAGCUACCUGUGCCAGACAUGAAUUCCCAUGGAGACAAAAGUCCUGCUGCUGGGUCAUCUCAGUGAGGGUAUGGGUAUGAACCAUUCCAUCAGAUAGUGCCUCAUUCCCUUGACUACCCCCAUGACAUGUGAUUGUCACUUCUGAUAAACAUAUCUAAUAAAGUGAUACUGACUACAAGAUUUCACAUAAAGAAGAGUUCGUUAUAAAAUGAUAAAAAAAAGUUUCGAUUUAUGAUUGUUCUUACAACUCUAUAUAUUGUUUUCUUUGGAUACAGGUUUUUGUUGGACUCAUCUCCUUGCACAGGUUUUAUAAGUGUAUUGAUAAAAAAAACAAACCCAAAAACCUCUGAAAAACAUUUAUUAAACUUAAAUUCAGAGUUAAUAGCGAGUUAUACUUAUUGAAAGCAUGCAUUACAUUUUUUAAUGCAUGUAAGGUAUAUCUGUAUACAAAUUUAUUGUCUUCUGUGUUGUGCUUGAUUCUACAUUGUAAAAGGUAAUGUGCCUAUCUGCACCCUUAUUUUACGAGAUCCUUAAACUGUCCUGAGACUCUCAAGACAACUCCUCUAAUUACGUUAUCACUUGAGUCUUAAGCAUGCCCUUAGCAUUUUUUCUCCCUAACACGGCAGUCUGGUGGCACAAAGGUUUAAAGUCCCUCAGUACACUGAGAAUUGGGUGUCGUGAGUUCAGAUCUUGUCUCAGGCACACUGUUAUCUGCAUAUGGCACUUGUUUACCAGUCAUGCAACUGUGAUGUAGUUUAGCCUUAAUGUUGGUCUGGCAUAAACACCAAUUCUCCUCUUUUUUUUCCCUCCACAAAAGGGAGAACAUUUUUUAUUAAUAAGCAAGCUUUUACAUAUAUACGUAGAUUCACUGACCAGGGACAUCACCUUGUUUCACUUUUGAUAAAAGCAAAAGGAAUUAUUACAAGACAUAUGUUAUUAAUCCCUGUUGUCUUACACAAACUUUUGUAUUAAUAUAUUGACCUUUGUUCCUAAUAUUAGAACACUUUACCUAUGGUUCUUAUUAGAUACUGAAUGUGUGUGUGGCUUACACGGAAUGCAUAUAAUUAUCUUAGAUCCCAUGGAAUACUUGCUACUAUUCUCAGUUGAUUAGAUUACCUGCUACGAUCGUCUCCUGAAAUAAACUAUAAAUAAAAUCUUUAUACAGAUCUUGUGCAAAAAAACAAAACAAACACAAAUACAGACACAGAAAUGUGCUGGGCAUUACCAGAAUACAGUCCUCCACAUAAUAUCUGACAGUACAUUUAUUGAAACACAUUUUGUGGUUUGUAGUUUUCAUAAUGGAUUUUGAUGUUCAAAGAUACAGCCAUCAAAGAAAAUAAAAUACCAAAUCAUCCUUUUUUCAUAACAAUGAAUGUAGAGAAAAGUGUACAUAAUAGCAAGUCUUCUAUAUUUAAAAAAAAACAACCUAGGAAAUAAACACCAAAUGCAGUGCUCUUAUAUUU